CUGCAGCACAUGCUAGCUUUAGCCAGCUGUCAGAAAGAGUUUAUAUGAGUCACAUUAGCGCUUUUAUACGUUCGUUGAGGUUUUAUACAGUUUACUGUAAAGAACAUGUAUGGGUGGGUACUUGUUGUUUUCGUCGAGGCAAAAGUAUAAUCGGGUUUAUCUGUCGAGCUGCGCUAAGCUAAGCUAACUAAGCACGCCCCAAGCUAUGGUAUCGUUACUGAGUCUUAAUGGGACGUGCAUGUCGUUACUGGUCCUGCGUCUCCGGUGCUUUUGCGGUGCAUGUGUACGAGACGUUUAGUUAUAGAUUUGCUGUGGCACCUGUGUAAACAGAGAUUGUUUAGAGGAGAAACUUAGAAACAGUACAUUAGCCGCGAGUUUAAAUGCUUCAGUAUAUCGCUGUGGAUUUUUGACCCACCAGUGCCAAUGACAGGAAUACUGCGAACUGUCCAUAGCUGUUUUUUGAGGCUUGUGCUCUUCCCAAGUACAUUUCGGAAUAACAGUUCUCGUCCUGCUGCCUCUGAGGUUUUAACAUGCCAUCUAUCCCAGCGCAAACUGCCACCCUGGACUUCAUUCUGUGUGCGCUACAGUGCUGUAAUCAAUGACCAGUUCGGCUUGUCCAACUUCAACUGGCAGGUACAAGGUGCCAACUACCACAUCCUCAGAACUGGAGCUUUUCCUUUCAUCAAGUACCACUGUACCAAAGCGCCUCCACAAGACCUUGACUUUGAAAACAAAUUCUUUGGCAUUCUGAAAGUCAUCAACCUGGGUAUUCCAUGUCUUGCGUACGGCCUAGGCUCAUGGAUGGUGGCUGGUGUUACAGAAACUGUGCACACUUCAGCUGGCCCAAUCACUGUUUAUUUUGCAUAUAAAGAGGUAGAUGGUGCCAGGUACUAAUGCUACAUAGAUGACUGCAUUCUUCUUUAUAUUUGCCUUAUACCGGACAUCAGACAACAAUUCAAUAAAUGAUUC